GCUAUAGAAGGUGAUAGACUACUAUAAGACUACAUUUUUGGUUACAAAUAGUAACUUUAUUUGUUUUGACAGUGUGCAUGUACUGCAAGACCUCUUCUUAAAUAAGUGUCUGUUUAUUUUGCGGCGUUUGUUUUGGUUCUUGAUCUGAUCAUAAAGCAAACAGUAUGGAUUUGGUGUGGCUGGCUUGUUUGGCUUUAAGCUUCGGAACCUGGUUCGUUUUUGCGGAGAGACACAGUGUCUUCUGGAAUAGCACAAACCCAAAGUUCUCUAAGGACGAUUACACAGUGGAAGUGAAAAUCAACGACUACCUGGACAUUAUCUGUCCUCACUACGCACGCGGGGAGCUCCCCUCCCAGGAGGCCGAGCGUUAUGUGCUGUACAUGGUGGAGAGUGAGGACUACGACGUGUGUAAACCCCACUCUUUUGACCAGCUGCGUUGGGAGUGCUCCAGGCCCUUUGCUAACCACGCUGCUGAGCGCUUCUCUGAGAAGUUCCAGCGAUUCACCCCGUUUACCCUGGGCAAGGAGUUCCGACAGGGAGAGACUUACUACUAUAUCUCUAAGCCGCUUCAUCACCAUGGCCAGGAGUGUCUGAGGCUGAAAGUGGAGGUGGUAGGACCUCAUGGCUCUCGGAAGGUCAAGGCUGACAAAGGGAAAGAUGAAGGGAUGGACAGGGCGAUAGACGGAGGGAAGGGAAAGAUUGGCGAAGCAGGAGGAGUGCACAAUCCUUCCAACAGCCUUCCAGCAGAUGACCCUGCUGUGAUGGAGCCUAAACUCCAGAUGAGUGUGAGUAGCUCAGGAGUUCAGCUGGUCUCCCUGUCCGUCUUCUUCACCCUGUUCCCCGUCUUACUUUCCCUGUUACUACACUAAGACUGAGUGACACUGGACCCAACAUCAAAAUGGACACUGUCAAGCCAGUGCUGGUCAUUGGCUCAGAGAUUUUUAGAGAUUUUUUAUAUAUGCAAAUGGACUAACGUGCCAGUGUGUGUGUGUGUGUGUGUAUGUGCGUGCGUGCGUGUGUUUGAGUAUGUGCGUGUGUGUACACAAGUGAUUGGAACGUGGAUCGUUCCAUAUACGGCGACUUUCAAGUGUAUUUUGGAUUUAUUUUUAUUUUCUACUCUUUUCUAAACGAGAGA